AUGCCAGUGCUGGAUGCGCGGUCGCAGCACACACUCACGCGCCUCACCGGCUCUCCGCAUGGCCGCAUCGACUUCAUGCUGCAGGUGGGGUCGGGGACCCGUCCUUCCAGCACCAUGCCUGCCAAUCACCUCACCGCCAUCUGCCACUUUCCUCUUACCUCCCACAUCCACCACCUCCCUUUCUUCCUCACGCUCGCCCCCCGUCCCAGUGAUGCAUGGAUAGAUAAGGACAUAGCACUGCUGGUCAUCCGCCAUCUCUACCGCCACGUGCCCCGCCAACCCCCUCCCAUUCGCCCCCCACCGCCCCUGCACGCUCACUUCGACCCCUCCUCCCCCGCCCCCUCUCCCACUGCCACCAGCCCUCCCAUCGACCCCUCGUUCUUCUCGCCUCCUCCCUCCCCCUCACGCCACCCCUUCUUCUCCUCCCUCUCUGCUGCCACCUCUGCUCUCUCCACACCUCGCUGCCUCUCUGCUGACCUCUCCUCCUACUCCUUUCCCUCCAUCCUCCCCUCCCACCCGUCCUCCUCGCCCCUUCCUGCCACGCGACCCUUCUCACCUCUCUCAGCCCCCCCCACGCCCCAUCAUCUCCCGCCGGCAUCGUACUCCACAUCAGCACCGCCACCAGCACCCAUCAAUGCUGCGACGACAUCUUCCACCGCUCCCAACCCAUCCGCAACCCACUCGGCCAUGCCCUCGCGCCCGCCCCCUUUGAGUCAGCUGCGGGGGCACCAGCGCAGUGGCAGCAGCAGCAGCCUGCUGGGGCGGCUGUGUGACGCUGUGAGCCCUCUUGAGCAUGCUGCUGCUGCUGAACGGCACGCGGGGAAGGUGGUACCUGGGGCAGGUGCUGCUGCUGGUGUUGGCAGUGGCGGUUUGCAGCAGCGGCAGAGAAGGCAGUGGAGGGAGGGGGGUAUGCCGCAUGGGAGGACGGCAGGGGGAGGGGAGGAGAGUCAGGGGAGGGUGAGCAAGGUGGGGGCAGUGUGGAGGUGUGUGAGGCGAGUGCAGGCACACAUAGAGGAGGGGGAGGAUGAGGGUGAGGAGGGGGAGGAGGAGGAUGAUGAGGAGGUGGCAUUCACCUUCUCUAGUUCGAGGGCUGCUCAGUUGCUGCGAGUGCAGCUGCUGCUGUGA